AUGGAAGCUAAGAUUGUGUCCAAAUUUCGUCGUCGACCUCCUCCGCUGCAAAUAGCAAGUGGUGGUGAAGCUGCAACUUUGUCAACAGGUCUGGCUCCAGCAACGUCAAGGUCGGGACUCGGAGGCCUCUUGACUCCCAAGACUCCCACCGACCGACGUAAACAUUCACUUCUGGGAGUUGAUAUCAAGGGCGGUACUUCACCGUUAACAUCACGGUACAUCCCUGCCGCACCCUCGACACCGGGCUGUACCCUGCCAGAGACACCCGCCAGCCCGACAUCGCUUUAUUCACCAACAGCGGCAGAGUUACCAGGUUCACUUCUGUUAGCAAGCCAAGGAUACCCGCAAACAAACCCGAUAUCACCUCCGCCGUCUCUUCGAUUGCUUCGCAGAAACACCGAGGAAUCCACCAUAAGUUCUGUGCCAACUAUCUCAACCUCCGCGUCUACCGAUGACGCGACAAUGGAAACUCUGCGAAAUCUGACCACCCCCUUAAGAAAGCACGACCGAUCCGCUCAUAGCACAAUGCCUUCGUACACCAUCGGCAGCCGCGCCCCUGCAGAUCCACAAAUCACACAGCCCUUUGCUGCAAUGACCAUCGAGGAGUUGCUGGAGAAACUGCCCGAAUGCGACCAUGUGGCCGUAUCCCAGCAUUGGCUUCCUGCUAUGCGCGGUCAACUGCAGAAGAUGACGACUCUGCUCAACGAAGCAUGUAAUUUGAAGCUUGAGUCAAGCGUCAACCAGGUAACCCUGAGCAGUGCACUCAAAUCUUUCUCCGACCACCUACGCUUGAUCACUGCCGAGUACCGCAAAAUCGUCGAGUCCGCCGAAUCGCUUGCUGAGCGUGAUACCAAGGCCUCUUGCGAACAACUGAAUGAGCUUGAAGGACAGGUAGAAGAAGCUUUGGAGAGAAUGGCGGCGAAAGACAAGGAAAUUGAAGACAAAGACCGAAGAAUCUCAGAACUUCGAAAUACAGUUCACGAAGUCACGCGCCUUUUGGGUACGUUCAUUCAAAACAACAUCCCCACUUGGGUCGAUACCAUGCGCGAGCCUAGGACCCUGCAAGUUCUUCGAAUAAUAUCGGACUACACGCGCGACGAGCCUCACGGAUCUGUCGAUUAUGUUCGCGUUGCCGAGGACACUCUGGAUAAAUAUGUUGGAAAUCUGCGCGAAGCGCGCAAUUUCAUCCGAGAAUAUCGCAAGGUAUUGCAUGGUCAGGGAGCCAUGAUCAGAGAUCAAUCCAAAAACCUCGAUGCACACGUGGACAGAUACAACAAAGCAGUCAGACUCGUACAGGAAAAGGAUCACGAACUAUUGCUUCUUGUACAACAAAACGAUGAUCUGAGCAGACAAUUACAGGAAUGUCGAGUCAUAAUAGCUGAGAGCCGGCAGCAGCGUACGGAUUCGGAGAAGAUGGUUCGAAGAUACGAAGAGCUGCAAGGCACCAUGAUCAGCUUGCAGACGAGGCACACACUAGAACUCGAUCAACGCGAUGCCGAGAUAUCAAACCUCCGUCAAAAGCUGGGUAGUGCCCGCGAGGAAGUUUUCGCCCGUCGGGAGGAUGUCAAGAACGUCAUCUCCCAGGCUCACGCAAUGCUACAAGCGUCUACCGACUCGGCUCCGGUAGCUGCUAAGAACAGCAACGCCUCCAAGGCCUUGAGGUUCUUCGGAAUGGAGAGAGACAAAGAAAAAUACAGGAAAGGCACGAUACCCACGAGCUACAGCAUGAUCGGAUUUCCCUCAUCGGAUUCGAGGUUUUCAUCCAAGGAGGUGGCGCCCACCGUCGACCGGGCCGCACUUCGCCACCGACCUUCUCUGCAGACACAUACAAAUCCACGAGCACUAACGACCCCGAGCACACCCAUUGACGGCUCUCAAGUCUCGAUCGAGUCCGUCAUGACGGCACCGAUCGUCAGACCACGGUCCGACUCACUUGGUGCAACACAACGUUACGGUGCUCUGACUGCAUCUCCCAUGGAUACCGACAAGUCGCUUCCUGACCCACCAGCGUAUCUGAGACCUCAUCUCCCGGCGGCUCGAGUUGCCGAAAUGGCUCAGUCAGUCGAGAGCCCGCUUGCCGCACAGAUCACAUCGGAUUACUUCAAGAACGGAAUCAUGGGACAAACCGCAGCACGACGUGUGCUCAGCAAAAUCACCGAAGUUUCCGAUCUCCACUCUUCUCCGGAUAGUGGCGUCCAGACGGAGCGAGUCCUGGAUGAAAACAAAUCGGAUCACAGCGUCGCCAGCAGUGAUCGUGAAGUUUACCGCAAAAGCAUCUGUGCAUUGGAUAUGUUAAACUCCUCGAGCGGACUACCCUACAGCGAGACGGAAACCGACAUUGAACGAAUCAUCCGUGGUGGAAGGCCGAGAACUCCACCAGAACCCAACUACUUUGAGCCCUACCAAGCCUACGAAGCCAACAACAACGGAGGAAGACAGCGGCAGCAAGACGAGUAUGAUGAAGAACAAAUCCACACGGGCGUGGCACGUGUCCUCCACCUACGACCUGGGACACGGGACCUCAGAGGAGCAAGCACAAGAUCAAGUGAAUCAGAACAUUAUGGCUAUGAGAGUGAUUCCGGGCGGGAAAGGAGACGCGACCGACUCAGGGAAAGCAUGGUGAGCAACGAAUCGGGCUAUCGCACCGAAGACUCGGAACCAAAGACCGUUGCCCAGCUGUAUCAUCAGGGGAGACGACAUAUUCGUGGUUGAUGAUCAACUGAAGUUAUUGACAGAAACGCAAGUGCUUGAGGAUGACUUUAUGCGCCAUGCCAUACGAUUAACAUUGGGGAAGGGGGAUUGUGGCAGAGUAUGAGUGCUGAUCCGGCCAUGGUUCUAGCGGACUGAGAGAUAUGAAACGUCGCAAUGAGUGCUGAAGAUCGAGGAGAACGGUGGACAUGACAUUGAUGAGGGCUGGGUCGAGGUUUGCAGCCACUCUGUGAGUAGUUUCUCGGAUAGCAAGCAUUGAGCAGGUAGCGAAGCUGCCUCGCCGUGAAGCAGGACUAGAACA